UUUUUUAUUAUCUCCGAUGAUGUUGGGGUUUAGGGUUUUAUAACGUUUUUUGAGAAGACAAAGCAGAAGAGAGAGGAGGGGUAAGAUGAGUGGGGCAGGAAAACCAGAUUUCUUCUACAGAGAAGCUCAACGCCUGGGUUAUGUGGCUCGCUCCGCCUUCAAGCUACUUCAGAUACAGAAGCAGUACAAGCUCAUAACACCUGGCUCCUCUGUUCUGGACCUUGGUUGUGCUCCUGGUGCUUGGCUUCAGGUGGCUUGCCAGAGCUUGGGUCCUGUAAAAAGUGGUGGUCUUGUUGUUGGGAUUGAUCUCAAGAAGGUGAAGGUUCCAGCUGCUCACUGUGAUUCGAGGGUUCAAACUGUUUGUGCUGACGUGAUGAAACUCCCCAAAGCCCAAGUCAGGGAACUCUCUCCACAGCAGAAAGGGUUUUCUGUGAUACUCUCAGAUAUGUGUCCCCUCGUUUCUGGGAUCACAAGUAAAGAUGCAGCUUUAUCGCUCGAGUUAGGCACACAAGCACUGGAUUUGGCUGUUGGUGGAGCUGCCUUAGCUCAUCCCAAAAAUGAAAUUCAAAUAGAGGAAAGUAAAGGUGGGGCAAUUACAAGUUCAGAUGUUAAUGGUGUAUUGCGAAGAGGAGGCCAUCUCGUGAUAAAGCUUUUAGAGAGCGAGGAUGUGCAAGAAUUCAGCCGGAUUUGCAAACCACUGUUUAGAAAGGCAUCAUUGUUGAGGCCUAAAGCUACAAGACCGUCAUCAAGAGAGAUUUAUGUGAUAUGUCAAGGUCUGCAGUCACAGGCAAAGAUAUAGAAUCAACAAUGUAUCCCGAAUUUAGAAGUGGCAACAGUGAGUAUUGAAGCCAAAUUAAUGUAGCUCCCAUAACUGUACCCGCUGGCUAGCUUUUAGUUGUGUUUGUUCUGAACUGCUUAGCUUUAGAUUUCCUUGUAAAGGUUCUGCUAAAAAGAUUUUACCCUUUGAAUAUGAAGGUUUUAUGUUCAUCUUCU